GCUUGCUGUAUGUUGUGGGUUUAUGGCUCCUGGCCGGGUGAGGCCGGGUUCGAGGAGCGGGAAAGGGAAACUCGAGCUUACAACCCAGGCAGCGAGAUGGACAUUCUGAAAUCAGAGAUCCUUCGGAAGCGGCAGCUGGUGGAGGACAGGAACCUGUUGGUGGAAAAUAAAAAAUAUUUCAAGCGUAGUGAACUUGCAAAAAAAGAAGAGGAAGCAUAUUUUGAAAGAUGUGGCUACAAGAUACAGCCAGAAGAAGAGGACCAGAAACCAUUAACUUCAUCGAAUCCAGUAUUAGAACUUGAACUAGCCGAGGAAAAAUUACCCAUGACUCUUUCUAGGCAAGAGGUUAUCAGAAGAUUGAGAGAAAGAGGAGAACCAAUUAGACUAUUCGGAGAAACUGAUUAUGAUGCUUUUCAGCGUUUAAGAAAAAUAGAGAUCCUCACACCAGAAGUUAACAAGGUGAGAAGUCAGAACAAAGCUGGAAAAAUACCACUGUACCAUGUAAACUAGAAUAUAUAUGAGACAAAGAGCCACGUUGAGACUGGUGUUGAUCAUGUACAUAUUCACUAAUGAACAGAAGCAUUGUUUCUGUUUCUGCAGGCACUGGGGGAGUCUUUAGGGAAAGGCGAUGAUCAUAAAGACAUGGACAUCAUCACCAAAUUCCUGAAGUUUCUUCUUGGUGUUUGGGCUAAAGAAUUGAAUGCCAGAGAAGAUUAUGUGAAACGCAGCGUGCAGGGUAAACUGAACAGUGCUACUCAGAAACAGACUGAGUCCUAUCUCAGACCACUUUUCAGGAAGCUACGGAAAAGGAAUCUUCCUGCUGAUAUUAAAGAAUCAAUAACAGAUAUUAUUAAAUUCAUGUUGCAGAGAGAAUAUGUGAAGGCAAAUGACGCUUAUCUUCAGAUGGCCAUUGGAAAUGCGCCUUGGCCUAUUGGUGUCACUAUGGUUGGUAUCCAUGCCAGAACUGGCCGGGAAAAGAUUUUUUCCAAGCAUGUUGCACAUGUUUUAAAUGAUGAAACUCAGCGGAAAUAUAUUCAGGGAUUGAAGAGGUUAAUGACCAUUUGUCAGAAACAUUUUCCUACAGAUCCAUCAAAAUGUGUCGAGUACAAUGCACUGUGAGAUCUGUGUAUGGUGUAUAGAUAAUGAUAAGAAACUUAAGGAAGCAGGGUACAGACUUCUGGAAUUACCACCAGGAAUGAGGGAAGGAGAAAACUGGUUUCCAGUUCUCUGAUUUCUACCUGAACUGUGCUGGCUUUCAUAUCACAUCUGACUGCAAACUGACUUUUGUGUCUUGCUUUCAUUUUUGGUACAAAAAAUUAACUCCUGGAGGUUUUUCCUUGCAGGUUAAGUGUGUAGACAGCAGAAGGAGGUUUAAAACAACCUUUUCCCACUGGACCUGAAAGUUGUACUUAGAUGAUUAAAAAUGAACGUUUGAGGAUGGAUGUAAUUACUUCUGUAAAAAAUGAUAAUUUGCACAUUGUCUUUUAAGUAGAAUUUAAAGAAAAUAUUUUUAUAUAUUUCAACAAAACUAUGGAACCAUUGAAUGAAACUUCAUAGUCCUUAAAUGUUGCUUAACUUUUGCCAUCUUGCAAUAGAAUUUGAAUGUAAAUGUUAUUACUGUUAACUCAAGUGUUAUUUUUCUUGCAUUUCAGAGGUUGCUUUUGUCUUCUAAAGAGUGUAAAUUUUAGUAUUUGUCAUUCUCAAGACAGCUAGAAUUAACAGGAAAUAGAAGUUUGAAAACCAAAGAUGGUUUAUUAUACCAAUGUAAGUUCCAAAAACGUAACCCCACUGCGUCAAGGUUCAAGGUGGGGAAACAGUGGUGAAGCCCAUGGGAGUGGUAAUUGUGCUGAUGCUGGUGGACUGUGUUCUCAGCCAGACAGAGGAGGAAGGUGGCAGCACUGAUGUCACUACCCCACACAGUAUGUCCCGGCUCUGGUUUUCCACAAGUGAGGACUUGUUCUAGAUCCUGCACGGUGUCAUACUUAGAUCAUGGUGACCAAUCACUGCCCUUUAGAAGUUGAGAAGGCUCAGUUAAUAGAGUAAUGGGGGUAAAUAGGAUGUUCCCUGACCAGGUGGAGUCACAGGAACAGACAGUGGUAAGAGUGGGGGCUCCAAAGUCAGAAUUUCCCACCUUCAGAUUUCAGCUCUAUACCUGCUAACUAUAUGACUGUGGUCAAGUGACUUAAUCUUGCUCAGCCUCAGUGUCCUAUCAGUGCAUACCUCAUAGUGUUAUUCUUAUGUUUAAGUAAGGUAAAGUGCUUAGCAUACUGCCUGGUAAAUAAUACGAGCUCAGUAAAUAAUAGUUAUUGUGUCAUUGUUGUUAUUAGAGUAGCUAAAGUACCUCUCAUGAGCCCUGUGGUUAGGGGUGUGUAUAUUCACAUCACCAUAACAACAGUAAUGAUGGUGUCAGCAUGUGCACUCACAUAACCAUAACAGUGAUAAUAAUGGUGUUAGGAGUUGUACUCACAUAACAAUAAUAACCAUGAUGUUAGUGGGAACAAUGGAAACACUAUUAAGCAUUUGCUGUACCCCGUCCUCUGGCUGCUUCCACUUGCAGCCAGUUCUGAGUCUAGAAGGGCAGAGGAUGUGGUGGGAGCUGCAGGCUGCCAAGGAGGUGGGGGUGUCAAUUCACAAUCGCUUAUUCUGGCCCCUUUGGGAAGGCUUUUGAAAGCCAGUUUUGGCCACUUUGGUCAUACGCUGUGCAUAGACAGGAUCAUUUCUGCUGCUUGCUUGCAUGGUGGUAACUCAGGUUCACUGUCCUGAAUUGAAUUGGGGUUCCCUACCCCCCAACCCCUACUUUGAAAGCCCUUCUUAUGAUUAAAUUAGAGCUUAGGGGAACGUACCAGUAUAGACAGACUUAGGCCUAAGAUAUGACAACAUUCUGGACCUUCAUCAUGUGGCCCUGUACAGGACUUGUUUAAAAAUGCUAUUGAAUGAAUACUCCCCAAAUGACUUUUCUUUAUUCACAAUGAGGCCACAGCAUGGUUGUCAGUUAAUUUCUUGUUGUCUUCCCUUUUGCUGUUAGUUGGUAUUCCACCUUAAGAAGAAACUGUAUCGUGUGACACCAGUACCUCCUAAAACUGAUCAGUGUCAAUAGAUGGUUUGGAAGAAGAAAGUCACAUGUUCUGCAGGGCUGUGACUAUUAUUAGCCCUUUUAAGCUGGGAUGGAGGGAGGAGGUUCAAAGAUGUGGAUCCCCUCAGGGAAGUUUUCCAUUUCCUGAAAUUAAAGAUCUUCAGAUGACUGCAAAAUCAUAAGGAUAUAUAGAAAAAUGACCUCCCUCAUUAUCAGAAUCACGAAAAUUUUAGUUCAGCAGAUACUAUGUAUUUCUGGUUUUUGCUGUUUAUAGAGCAAUAAACAAAUAUCUUUUUAAAACUGUCA